CUUCCUCUAUCCGGUUAUGGAGGUCUGCUAGAAAAGACAUUUAAACCCGAAGCUGUGCUAAUAAAACACACGAUCACCCUCCAGUCGGGAGAAACUCAAGAUAACCAGGUUUACCUCACACACUCGUAUCUGAAGAUGCCGGUGGCUGUAGGUCCAUAUGGCCAGACCCAGCCCAACUGUUUUGACCGGGUCAAGAUGGGCUUCAUGAUGGGGUUUGCAGUAGGAAUGGCUGCCGGAGCCAUGUUUGGCACGUUUUCGUGUCUCAGGAUCGGCAUGCGUGGCAGGGAGCUGAUGGGAGGAGUAGGGAAGACCAUGAUGCAGAGCGGCGGGACGUUUGGCACCUUCAUGGCCAUCGGUAUGGGCAUCCGCUGCUGAGGAGGACGGGGAGCGACUUCCUCCACCACCUCCACACCACAAGUGUACAGCUAUGGGACUCUUCCAAUAACUACAACUACAGCUCUGUGUCUGCUCGAUGCUACAACCGCUUCCCCAUCUGUUUAGUUUUGUCAAUAAAAGUUCAGUUUUGUCAAACAC